GUCACUCCAAAAGGCAUCGUGGAGACAGUUUUUUUUCCUCCUGCAAUUCAGCCUGCCAGCUCCUUCGCAUCUGUCGGGUUUUGCUGCUAUGGUCUAAAUCCAGGACACCUCUUUUCUCUUUUUGCUUGGAGGAGAGACAAGGCUCCACUGACUCUCUUCUAGCCACGCAUCGGUGCCUGCCCCUUUCUCAGGAAAGGAAGAAUGCGGCGCCAGCUACAGACACUUUUCCAAAGGAAGUUUAAAAUUGGCCUCUUCUUUCUCCUGCUCUUGGCCUUCCUGAUACACCUGGCAAUGGAUUUGGCUCUCCCUUCCACUCGCAGGUCCUGCAGCUGUGAUCCAAAAGCAGCAAAAGCCUUGGGCCUCCCAGCAGGUAGCCCGUUGGUGGCCGGCCCCAAAAAGCUGAGCCUGCGAAUCCUUCAGGAUUUCAGUGGCAGCAACGGCUCCCUGGAGAAAAGCUCCCACCCACAGGGAGUGGGGCUGCAAGUAAAGGACAGAGACUGGGGGAUCCAGCACCAGCACGGAGAUGUGAAUCCAGGGAGGACCAAGAGAUCAAAACUGGCCGCACUCUUUGAGCAUCCUCUUUAUAAGAUCCCAAUCCCAGAGGUCACAGACAGAGACAAGCUGUUUGUCGUCAACCCCAUGGAGAAGUUCAGCCUGAGAAGCAGUGGGAGUGAUGAAUGGGUCAGCAACAGUAAAGCCGAGAUGGUCCUUCCGACAGGGAAGACGGCCUACGACACCUACCCCACCUGGCUCAAAUUCCAUGUCGGCAUCAACCGCUACGAGCUGUAUCCCCGCCAGGACCCCCUGACGCCUGCCCUCAUUGAGGAUCUGGCCACACUGAAGAUCGUCAGCUCGGUCCAGAAGUCUGGCGGGACGCAGCUCAAACUCAUCAUGACGUUCCCGAAUUACGGGCAGGCCCUCUUCAAGCCCAUGAAGCAGACUCGGGACCAGGAGACCCCCGUUGACUUCUUCUACUUCUCGGACUUUGAGCGGCACAAUGCAGAGAUAGCAGCCUUUCACCUGGACAGGAUCCUGGAUUUCCGGAGAAUCCCACCUGUUUCUGGCCGUUUGGUGAAUAUAACGCAGGAGAUUCGUGACAUCACGACUGACAAGAAACUGGCCAAGACUUUCUUCAUUUCCCCAGCUGGCAACGUCUGCUUCUAUGGCGAGUGCUCCUACUACUGCUCCACGGAGCAUGCUGUGUGUGGCAAGCCGGACCAGCUGGAGGGCUCCAUGGCAGCCCUGCUGCCCGACAAGUCCCUGGCCAAACGCCGCUCCUGGCGCAGCCCCUGGCGACGCUCCUACCAUAAGAGCAAGAAGGCCGAGUGGGAGCUGAACCCCAACUACUGUGCUCAGGUGAGAGAGACACCUCCAUACAACAGAGGACAUCGCCUCCUUGACCUUAUUGACAUGACUGUGCUUGACUUCCUUAUGGGCAACAUGGACCGGCACCACUACGAGACCUUUGAGAAAUUUGGGAACGACACUUUCCUGCUUCACCUGGACAACGGCCGAGGGUAA